AUGACUAAUACCACUUAUGAACAGUUGGGGGACCUCAAACGCCGAUCCAUCUUGGGGGCGAUUCCUGCCAAGUGGAGAUUGCAGAAUCCUAUCCCCCAGGCGGAUGAACUUCGUGAUGUGACCGGCGCCUAUAUUCAACAGUUCUUGACUCCUCAAGAAAUAGAGAUAACGGAAACUGAUGCGGCGGGGAUUACGGAGCAGACAACUUCUGGCAGUUGGACUGCUGUCGAAGUGGCCGAGGCGUUUUGUCAUAGGGCUGCACUUGCGCACCAGCUUGUGAAUUGUCUGCAUGAGGUGUUCUUCGAUGCUGCAAUUGAGGACGCAAAGAGACUCGAUGCAUACUUUGCUGAGCAUAAAAAGCCGAUCGGCCCGCUGCACGGCCUGCCUAUCAGUUUGAAAGAUCAAUUCCAUGUCAAAGGUGUCGAGACAACGAUGGGCUACGUAGGAUGGAUCGGAACGUUUCAAGGCAAGAAGGACGAUCCGAGGCGGGCCACAUUCGAGAGUGAACUCGUUAAGGAGCUUCGAAAUCUAGGAGCGGUAUUGUACUGCAAGACGAGCGUGCCUGCAACUUUGAUGGCGGGCGAAACCGUCAACAACAUCAUCUCGUAUACUUGGAAUCCUAAAAACCGACUGCUAUCCAGUGGAGGUAGUUCGGGUGGUGAAGGGGCACUGAUCGCUUUGAAAGGAUCUCCCGGUGGCUUUGGAACUGAUAUCGGCGGGAGCAUACGUAUCCCAGCUGUGUUCAACGGAGUUUUUGGGAUUCGUCCAUCGUCUGGGAGAAUGCCCUAUGAGGGCGCUGCAAACUCAAUUGACGGCCAGAAUAUGAUUUUAUCGGUCGUUGGGCCACUUGCAACUACCGCACGUUCUCUGACACUACUGUUCAAGACUGUUCUCAGUCAGCAGCCAUGGUACCAUGACCCACUCGUGCUGGAGCUUCCCUGGAGGGCGGAUGUUGAAGAAAGGACUCGAGCGCUGAUAAGGAAAUCAGCUGACGGUUCUCCUUCCCUUGCAUUUGCUAUCAUGCGCCACGAUGGCAUGGUCCGACCUCACCCACCGAUAGCGAGGGCUGUCGAGAUCGUCGAACAGACUUUAAAGCGAUUGGGCCAUAAGGUAACGCAGAACCUGAAGGGACAAGGAGUGAUCGAGUGGAAACCUCCUGCCCACCAAAUUGGCAUAGACAUAUUUGGUAGGGUCUGCGUGGCUGAUGGUGGAGCGGACAUAGCACACCAUCUUGGAUUGUCGGGAGAACCAAAAUCUCUCCAAUGUAUUGUGGGGGAGGGUAUUCCACACAUGAGUGCCCUAGAAAUCGCUGCACUCAAUGUGGAAAAGCGGCAAUAUCAAAAGCUUUACAUGGAUUACUGGAACAGUACGGCUGAGAUAACCGGUACCGGGCGCCCUGUCGACGGUGUGAUCUGUCCAUGUGCGCCACACGCUGCAGUGAUCCCUCAUAAGUAUGCCCAUGUUGGGUAUACCGCGUUCGUUAAUCUCUUGGACUACACGAGCGUCGUGUUCCCGGUAACCCAGGCAGACAAGAAGGUUGAUGUGCCUGAACCGAAAGAUGAUUUCCUGAGUGAGAUAGACAAGAUUGUCCAUGAGCAAUAUGAUCCUGAAAUGUACGAUGGUGCUCCUGCCGGUCUUCAAAUAGUUGGACGGCGACUGGAGGAGGAGAAGAUGUUGACCUUAGCAGACUAUAUCAGCCAAGAGGUAAGCUUACAUUCUGGUAUUAGCCAGAACUAA